AUGAGGGCGUCUCAGAAUAUGCGGGUACAGGACUCUGGACUCAGUGGAGGAAGGCGUGUGGAAGACAUCUCAUCUCUGGUGGAGGGACUACGACAGUAUCUCGGCAGAAUUCACACCACAAAAUGCAAGUCGGGACGUGUAGGUUUGGAGGUUGAGUGUCUGUGGAGAGGUAGACGACGUACACAAGCACCUCAAUUCCCUAAAAGCUUUUGUAGUAUUUGCUCUACAGACCACGAGAUUUCAAGAAUGGCUUUCUGCUCUCAUGUUUUGGUGCAGAUCUCGUCCCAUCGGACCCUGAGACAUUUCUGCUGGAUGUGA